UCUCUAAUCUCUAUUUCUUGUGUGUAUUAUUAUUAGUUAUUACAAUAAUUACACUCUUCUCUUGCUAAGUUGCUAUUGCAUAAAUCGUUUAUCGUACCUAAUAGAUUUAUCCGUUAGACCACAUAAAAAAAUUGGGCUACUGGUGUAGCCUAAUUAUAUCUUCAUUAUGAAUUUAAGCAAAAAUAUUGCGUUAAUUUGUAAACUACCGUCGCAUUUAACGAAGGUAUGGCCUGCAGUUAUAGUUCAAACUCGAUUUUAUCCACGACCUACUAGUUUCCCUGACUAUUUUCAAAAGCCAGUAUUUAGGAAGGAAGAUCAAGCAAAACUUAUUGAGAGUAAUGAGCUGAGUAAAAUAGCAACAGUACCGGUAAAGCCACCUACUGUUGCAGAAACUUCUUCUGUUUAUUAUGAUCCUCUAGUGAACAAAGUUAUUAACCAUGUAAUGAAAAUGGGAAACAAGAAAUUGGCAAGAAGUUUGGUGGAAAAAGCAUUUGAAAAUAUUAAAAGGACACAGAUUGAACGCUAUCAUCUUGCAAAAACACCUGAAGAGAAAGCAAAAAUUGAAUUAAAUCCUAGAGAUAUCCUGCAUAUGGCUGUUGAAAAUUCUAAACCGCUGCUGCAGUUGCUACCCAUUAAAAGGGGUGGUAUAACCUAUCAGGUGCCUGGCCCAAUCACUGAAAAGAGAUCCUUAUUUAUGGCUAUAAAAUGGUUGUUGGAAGCAACAAAUGACAAGGAAAGGACUGUUCAUUUUCCGGAACAGUUUGCCUGGGAGCUUUUAGAUGCUGCAAAUAAUACAGGAAAAGUUGUCAAAAGGAAACAAGAUCUUCACAGAUUAUGUGAAGCUAACAGAGCCUAUGCACAUUAUAGAUGGCAGUAGUUAUUUAAAUAAAAUAAUUAUAUAGAUUAUUGUAGUAAGGUUUGUACAGUAUAUGCUAUGAAAAUAAA